GACCGGAAGCAGAAGCCCAGUGUGAGGCGCCAUGGAGACCAUCCUGGAGCAGCAGCGCCGCUACCAUGAGGAGGAGGAGCGGCUCCUCGACGUGAUGGUCAGAGAGAUGAUGGUCAAGAAAUCCACGCUCCGAGACCAAAUCAACUCCGACCACCGUGCCAGAGCAGUGCUUGAUAGAUAUAUGGAAGUGGCUGGAAAUCUUCGAGACUUGUAUGAAGAUAAAGAUAGUAUGAGGAAGGAUGAGUUAAAUGCCAUUUCAGGACCAAAUGAGUUUGGUGAAUUCUACAAUCGAUUGAAACUGAUUAAAGAGUUUCACCGCAAACACCCAAAUGAGAUCAGUGUGCCUAUGUCGGUGGAGUUUGAGGAGCUAAUGAAAUCCAGGGACAGCCCCAGUGAGGAGGCACUCAAUCUUGUGGAGUUCACGGAUGAGGAAGGUUAUGGCCGUUACCUUGAUCUUCAUGACUGUUAUCUGAAGUACAUCAACCUGAAAGGUUCAGAAAAAAGUGACUAUAUCACCUACUUGUCCACAUUUGAUCAACUUUUUGAUAUUUCAAAAGAUAGAAAAAAUGCAGAAUAUAAGCGGUACCUGGAGAUGCUACUGGACUACCUGCAGGAUUACACCGACCGAGUAAAACCUUUACAGGAUCAGAAUGAGCUUUUCGGCAAAAUACAAAUCGACUUUGAAAAAAAAUGGGAUAAUGGGAACUUCCCUGGCUGGCCGAAAGAGACCAGCAGUGCCUUGACUCAUGCAGGAGCUCACCUGGAUUUAUCAGCCUUUUCCUCCUGGGAAGAAUUGGCUUCCCUGGGCUUGGACAGAUUGAAGUCCGCUCUGAUGGCUUUGGGGCUGAAAUGUGGAGGGACUUUGGAAGAAAGAGCGCAAAGACUGUUCAGCACCAAGGGGAAGGCUUUGGAGUCACUGGACCCUUCGUUGUUUGCAAAAUCUAAAUCCAGAGGCACUAAAAAGGAUUCGGAACGUAACAAAGAGAUUGCUUUUCUUGAAGCUCAAGUGUAUGAAUAUAUUGAAAUCCUUGGGGAACAGCGGCAGCUCACCAGAGAGAACGUCCAACGCAAACAAGCUCGGACUGGGGAGGAGCGGGAGGAGGAGGAUGAGGAGCACGUGAGUGAGAGUGAAAGUGAAGACGAGGAAAAUGAGAUCAUCUACAAUCCCAAGAAUCUGCCACUGGGCUGGGACGGCAAGCCUAUUCCGUACUGGCUGUACAAGUUGCACGGUCUGAACAUCAACUACAACUGUGAAAUCUGUGGAAAUUACACCUACAGAGGACCUAAAGCAUUCCAGCGACACUUUGCUGAGUGGCGUCAUGCUCACGGCAUGCGGUGUCUGGGAAUCCCCAACACAGCGCACUUUGCUAACGUCACCCAAAUUGAGGACGCCGUUUCCUUGUGGGCAAAGCUGAAGCACUCGAAGGCAGCAGAGAGAUGGCAGCCAGAUACGGAGGAGGAAUACGAGGACUCGAGUGGGAACGUGGUCAACAAGAAGACCUACGAGGACCUGAAGCGGCAGGGGCUGCUGUGAAGCAUGUUCCCAAAUUCCAGCCCAGUCACAGCUUUGCGUUUUUUAAUCAGUGACAUUGUACACCCAUUAGCUGAAAAUGUUAGUUUGUUUGAGGUCUUUUGGUUUCCAGAACUGUAGCCUUUAUUUUCGUUGCUAUGUCUCUAUUUCUAAAUUUAAAAAAAAUGUUGAGAACAGUGAAUUAAAUAGAAUUUCUCGCUGUAUCUCUGAGCAAACCACACAGGUACCAAGCUGUGCUGGAUGAGGGCAAAUCUAGUUUGCACAGGUGUAAAGGACACAAUUUCUCCACCUGCCUCCCACCAAAACGAGCUGGAAUCCAAUGUGAUUUCUGUGGGUUCAUUUGUGUUCGGUAGGAUUUUGUAUUUAGUGGUACAGAACCAGAUGUUAUCAUGGAUUUACCCACAUUCUGUUACGUUAACAAUAAGCUUAUAACUUUUUGGUGCAUGUUCAGGCAAAUCAAGACCAUUGAGACGUAAUUUUUUCAUAUGGACACUGGGAUUGUUCUGUAUAAUUAGCAGAAAGUUAUCUUAAUUCUCACUAAGGAGAUAUAUUUUUUAAGAUUGGCUCUGGCCCUGGUUUCUGCAUUUCCACUCUGGCCACUGGAGUAUUAUUCAUUUUUAUUACUUUAAAAAUGUUAAUGUUUGGCUUAAUUUGCAUAAAUCAUAAAACGGUGUAAUUGUGUGACUGAGGCGUUAAAAGCUGCCUGACUUCACUGCCUUUAUCUCUGCUCAUAUUGUUUGUACCUGUUUGUAUAAACAAUACCAUUUCAGCUCAAUUCCCCAAACCCAAUGUAAUAAAAUCCCGUGUGGACACACAGCUCAGGAGCUUGAGUUAUUGGAGUUCAAUCGAUACCGUAAGACUUUCAAAAUAGAAUAAAAUUCUGAGAUUGUGACAAUA